AUGACACGUCCCCGUGUCGCAAGCAGGAUUGAACGUCAGGGCCUUCAAACCUCGCAAUCCGCUCCUUCCCUGGAGCGCCUGAUAGGUAAUCCUAAUGCUUUCACCCCUGACUACGAUAUACCCAAACCAACAGCCCCAGAGGGUUCCAUCGGCAAGGGCAGUCCAUUCCAACGCGUCUCCUUUGAAAGCGGCUCUUCUCGUGUACCAUCCCCUCCAAGUAAUAAUUCUCGUCCUGGGAAUAACGUACAUCACCCUUUGCUUCGCGAUGGUGGCGCUCCGCCUUCAAGGUCCCCACUUAUCGAGUCAACGCUAUCUCGUUUUCGUCACCCAAGUGACCCCCCUCGUCCACCCUCCGUCAUGCGUGGAGGAGCUCAAACGCCUAGGAAGGGUAGCUUCGAUUCUCCUUCCGCGUCACAAUCUCGAGCUGCUUCCCCUAUGCGCAACAUGUUUGGAUGGGCUGGUUUUCAUCGUAGGGAAACGCGCGAAGAACUAUUCGUCCCGGAGAACCCCUUCCAGAGGCGAAACCCAUUACGCAGAUUUUCUAUUGGUAGCCCUGACCCCCGCACCGGUGAAAGCUUUGAUCCCAACUGCGAGGACACGCUCAGGCAAUGUCUACCCCAUCCAAUAUCAUGCAUCCCCUUAAAGACUUCGCGAAGAUUCUUUCGCUCCUCUCGUUAUUUUUUGAUGGAUACCUUCCCCAGGCAACUAUACCUGCAUUUACUGUUCCGCCUUCCUUCUCUUUAUUUUUCACGCAUUGCUCGUAUUUAUGAGGACGCAGAACUCAGUCGUCCGGACAUUCAGCGAUUGAUUGAUGCCUGUGCGUCUCAAACGCAGAACCCCUCCUCCAGCCCCAUACCACCAGGGGCUCACUACCACCCACAGCCUGCUCUCCCUUUAGCAGACGAAUGGACCAUCGCCAACGUCUCCCCAGCUCUCAUCCGAUUCAAGGGGUCCUGGGAGGCGUUUAUCGACUCCCUGCUCCGAGAGUGGAAGACCCUAAACCUGGUCUCCGCUCUAUUGCUUUCUGCCAUAUUAUCCAUGUUUCAGGAUACCGAGAUUGCUCAAGAUCCUGUGAUCCGCACAGCAGCACUACUUUCGCUCACUUCCGCAUUGAUGAGCCUGUCGUUCGGCUGUAUUUACAUUGUCCGCUUUGGCACCAUGAGAAGCAUGUACAAAGCUACCCGCUGGGCUGAGGAAGCACGUAAGACAACCACCUUCAUUUGGUGGAAUGUGUGGGUCCUAUUAGCAAUGCCUGCUGUCUGGCUUGCCUGGUCCAUGUUCUUCUUUAUCGCCGCCAUUCUUUCGUUCGUGUGGCGCUCAGGUUCUUCAACAGACAGCAUGUCCCCUGCACCGCUCUCCCCGACCGCCAUAAUGGGCCCGCGCAUCGCCAUCACAUCCCUAUUCAUAGUCGGGCUGAUUGACUUCAUGAUGAUCGUCAAGACGCUGCAUAACUACGGACGCACGCGGGACGUAGAAGGUGAGAUGCGGUUGUUGGGCACGGAUGAUUCGUGGCAGGCACGGCCUUCUGCUGACCGCGAGCGGGAGGACCGAGGGAGACGGGCGGGACAUCCGUCAAGAGGUAGAGCGCGCUUCACGGGAGAGGCGCGCGGGCGUCCUGAUGGGGACCGUCCGUCUGAUGGCGGCGUGCUGUCAGCUGUCACAGGCCUCGGCCUUACGAACCUUGAUAGUGUGUUGCAAGCUAGUCCCCGUAGCUCCAACGAAUUGUCGCGGGAGAAGGAGAAGGCUGUGAUGAAUGGGGCCACCAGUGAUUGAAUGGAAUUGUGUGCUUAAUUUGGACUCUUACAAUGAUACCUCCGCUCUUUCAGGAUGACACUUUCGCGAGCAGUUAGGCGGUAUUGACACUGUAUUACUAUGUACCUACUCAUCCGCUCUUUUUGAUGUACCUUACUUGUAGGCAGGUAAACUGUAACCUCGC